CAUUGCGUCGUAUCCUGCAAAUCCCGACUCCAAAAUCCGUCACCCUUUCCCUCUGAGAUGCCAAAUGAACCCUUCAGAGAGCAUGUCAACUCCCUUCGACUCCAAGAAGCCCCUCCUUCAGGCAAAGUCCCCAAACCCUAACCAAUUGAGCUCCAAAACUCCAGAGAAGUCCACGCAGCUCCCCCGCUGGUCGCGUAACCGCGGCGUUACGCUCUCGAUAAAUGAAGUCCGAAAGGUCUCCGUGAGCCUCCGAGACUCGGAUCGUCCCGACCAAUCGAUGGCCCCUCAAAAGUCCGCCAGAAGGCAGAUAAAAUCCUGGCUUGCCGAAAGCCCAAUCCGUGAAUCGAAGAAAUCUGUCGGUGGACCCAUCAAGCUACCGGAAAAGUAUGAGCUUCUUGCCGAGUUUCUCGAUAGCUUGGAUAGUUCGAUUCGCUUGUUGCGGUUGAAGGGUUCGGCACCAACUUUUACGAAUAUUUGUCCAAAAAUCGAGUGUUUAACCGAUAGGAGGUUUUCAUAUGGUCACUUGGCUCAGAUGAAGUAUAUUUUACGUAAUGCAAUUGAAAUAAAGAGGGUACUUGUGUUUGAUGAGCGGACAAGUUGUAUGAAGCCAGAUCUUCACGUUUCUAUCAAUAUUGAGGCAAUUGAAGACGAUGGGAAGUUGACAUCUGAAAGCAGGAAUAUUUAUUUGAGGAAGGUGUUCAGAGAACUGCUUGCGGAUUUUUCAAAAUCCAAUCCUGAGGUUGAUGAAAUUCCGGAGGAAACAUUGCCAGAACCAUUUAAUCGUACAAAGCCAGACAUCCAUUCAAACAUAAGAAAAAUACGUACCUCAACAUUUCCUGUUAGGAUAUCUAUUGCUGCACUAACAGCUCAGCAGUCUGCAGUACCAGAAACCAGCAUUCGGGAUGAUGAAAAUUCAGAAGGAACAGAGCCAGAUCUGAAUUCAAACGUUACAGAAGCUCUCAACUUGGCAUUACCUGUUGGGACCUCAAUUGAAGCAAUUACAAAACAGCAACCAGUAGUAGCAUCACUUCUCCCUCAAUCUUUCCGUAAGAGCUUUUCGCAGAAAGUCACAUGCAAUGAAACAGAUACCGCUUCUCAGAACUUUUUAAAGACUUCCCUCCAACCUUCAGUUGAUCCAGUUCCAGAGUCACCCCCUCUUAACAGAAGUUCUUCCAACAAGGAAGCUGCUGCUGCUGCUGCUCGUGCUCCACAAGCAAAAUUGUCCAAUGAACCAGCCAGCAAUGGAAAAAGCGUAGCAUUUUGUGCUUCUCCUGCUUGUUUACCUCCUUCCUGCCCACCUGCAACCCCAAGCAAAGUUCCAGAGGCCAUCAAUAAUAAAAAUAGUUGUCCCACAGAAAUUUCUGAUGUAAAUGCAACUCCUGCAAAACUUACCUACACUCCAGAUAGGCUGAUGAAUGUGACACCCACGUUGCAUCCACCAAAGAGAUGCUAUAUGAGCCCAGAGGAUGAUUGUAUUAGCACACCACACAAGUUACCUAGGCGUCCGCCCCGUUCCAGGUCAUUGAAAUUUGACACUCCUGAAAAAAAUGAAAAUGUUGAAGUCGAAAUAGAUGACAAUGGAGUUGUUUCAGCUGAUACUGAUAUUUGUUAUGUUCUUCCUGAGAAUCUACUGCAAUCGAUAAGAGAGAAAGAGAUGAAGGCUAUAGAAGAACAAAACCCAGCAAUUUCCCUAGCAAAAAAGAGGCAAAAAAUUAUUGCUAGCCUCCCUAAGGUCUUUAACAUGAUUCACUUCUUAUUUCUAUCCAUUAAGCAGUCUGUUAUUACAAAACAGGAGCUUAUACACAAGAUAAUUUCAAGCCAUUGCAAUAUUGUUGACAGAAGAGAAGUUGAAGAGCAGCUGAGUCUCUUGCUAGAACUAGUUCCUGAAUGGAUUUCAGAAAAGUUGGCAUAUGGGGAUUUGCUCUUCUGUAUAAAUAAGAAAUCCAGUCCUGAAUCAGUAAGGGCGCGGCUUGAAGAAGCAAAGCAAGAGGACACCACCGUUUCUAGGGAAUUACUGUAGGAAACAUGUUGGGUGAUGGUCUGAAAUUUUCUUUACGAGCGGCUAUUUGUAAAUGAUUUAGUCUAAUUAUUUCA